AAUGAAUUAGUUUGCCUUCAGCUGCGUGCGAAUAUUGCAUAGUUCGAUAAAGGAUUUUCCAUUUUACCAACCUUUUAUUAAAUAACACAAUAAAACCAAUUAAUUGAAAUAACAAAGUGCGAAAAAACUAUAAUGAAUUCCAAACAUCUUACCAAAGGAUCAAGAAAACCAUCUCCUGUUCGAAGGGGCAAACUCCGGUUAUACAGUAAUCGAUUUUGUCCUUAUUGCCAACGUGUUAUCCUAGUCCUGGACGCAAAAAGGAUACCAUACGAAGUGGUUAACAUAAAUCUGGUCAAUAAACCCGACUGGAUGUUCGAUAAGUCACCAAUGGGUAAAGUACCGGCCCUUGAACUUGAUAACGGUGAAGUCCUCUAUGAAUCUUUAAUUAUCGCUGAUUAUUUAGACGAUAAAUACAACGCCCACCGGUUACAUGCAAAGGACCCUUUGCAAAAAGCGAAAGACCAACUUUUACUGAAGCAAUUCACCAAGAUUAUUAACGCUUUACUGAAAACGGUCUCCUUGGGUCGAAUUGAACACGACGAAGCACAAGUCAUUUCCGAAGGACUUGCAAUAUUUGAAAGGGAAUUAACUGACAGACCUGGGCCAUUUUUUGGUGGUAGUAGGCCGGGAAUGUUGGACUACAUGAUAUGGCCAUGGUGUGAACGUUCCGAUGUGCUGAAGAUUUAUGGCAAGGACUACAUUCUCAAAAAAGAAAAAUACAAACAACUUAUGGAAUGGCGUAAGGUUAUGGUGGAAGAUGAGGCUGUGAAAAAGAGUUGGUGUAGUGCUAACACCCACAUAAAAUAUUUGCAGUCAUCCAGGGCUGGAGUACCCAACUAUGACUUACUCAUAUAAGUAGUAAAAAAGCCCCUUUAGAACACUUUGUAACAUUAUUAUAUAAACAUUAUAAUAUAUAAAAUAUUA